AUGGGCUCUCAAGAUGUCUCUCGAAGCGCGGACACGAAAAGUCUAAUCACAUGUUUCUGUGUCGCAGUUGUCUUUGUCGCCAUGCGCACGGGGGCGCGUUGGUUCAAGCUGCGUAGGAUGCCCUUGCAGAUGGAAGACAUCCUCAUCUACGGCGCGCUGGUGUCUUUUGCAAUUACGACGGCGCUGUAUCUCGCGACGGUUCCUACAUUUUUCAACGUUGAGGCUAUCGAACAGGGUCGUAUGGAACCAUAUGCCGGUCUUCAAAAUGAUCUCGUCUUGAUGCUGCAUGAGUUUUUUGUUGUCCAGUUUUUCUUCUGGUUGACGCUGUGGAUGGUCAAGUGGAGUCUAAUGUGCAUGUUCAAGAAACUCACAGACGGGCUGCCCCUCUACAACAGAAUCUGGUGGGGAGUCCUUGUGUUCUCGAUUCUUACAUUCAUUGGAUGCUGUAUCAGUAACUUUACGAGCUGCUCUUCUAUGCAUGCCUGGUUUACGGCGGGAGAGUGUUCAACACCUCGAGAUGCGCGAGCUAAAGAGAUUAGUUUGUGGUUUAGCCUUGCUGUAGACUUGGCCACUGAUCUUCUGAUUAUGGCGGUUCCCAUGCGCGUCCUUUGGGGUUUGCAAAUGUCGCUGGUGGAAAAGCUUAGCAUCGGCGUUGUCUUUGCCGUUGGGCUGAUAACCAUGGUUACAGCUAUCAUACGAAGCGUUACUUUGGAGUCAAGCUCAACUUCUGGUCAAGUCAGUACAACGUGGCUCAUCAUGUGGGCUGCCAUAGAGGGAGCUAUUGCAAUGAUUGUAGGAUGUCUCCCAUCUUUUGCAGUCUUCAUUCAUGGUCGCGUGGCAGCGUCCCGGGCCCAAUACCCAAGCGGCUCUAAUAAAAAUCCCGCUGGCCCAAGGACGAAAUCUCACGGAACUACAGGUAGCAAUCGCGUGUGGCAAUAUCACGACGCAUCAAGCGAUAAAAGCCUGGUGGGAGGCGGCAUCGUCGUUACGCAGUCAUGGCGGCAGAGCUGGCAUAACACAGCGGGACCGAAACCCGAUAGGGUAGAGGGAUUAGAAACGGAUCACGAAUUAGAAAUAGUAGGCGGAAGUAAGGAAAGUGGGAAAUAA